AUGGUGAUAUCCUGGAAACAUCAUCGAUCACUUAUAAUCCACCAGACGGCGGAUCCGGAAUCGGGCGGUCCCUACAGCUCUACGGAAUUCCGAUCUUCAGCUCCAAAGGCGGAGCCCACCCCUUUGCUCGGCCACGCCCCUUGCCGUGCGGCCUUUGGAGACUCGACAAUUGUAGAGCAUAGCAAAUCUCCCAGUAUCUACGAGCAUCCUGGGAGGUCAGGUGUAAGAGAUUUUGCUCCAACUUCUAAGGCCCCAAGUCCCCAUCGGGAAAAAUAA